AUGUCGAGGAAUCCUGGUCCGCGCAGCCGUAGCAACACAACGCGUGGUGUGCGGCCGGAGCCCCAAGGUGGAGUUCCGCUUCACCUAGGUGCUAACGGGCAUAACGGGCACAACGGUCAGCAGCAGCAGCAGCAGCAGCACCAGAAUGCCAGCAACGGCGCCGCUGCGGCGGCUGCGGCGGCGGCGGCGGAGGCAGCGCAGAACCCCAACGCCAAGAAGAUUCGCAGCUUGCAGAAGAAGAUCCGGGCGAUUGAGGAUCUUGAGAUGAGGCUCGCAAGGAGCGAGAAGCUUGAGGAUACGCAGAUGAAGAAGAUUGCCACCAAGCAGGCCGUUCUGGCCGAGCUGUCGUCGCUUGAGACCUCGCAGUAA